AGGAUCCUGAGAGCAAGCAUGUUCUAUGACAACACUGUUGAUUGUUACAGCAUUUUUCCUCUUGAGUCAUUUAUUGGUGGUCUUUAAAAUAGAAGUGCUGGUGAGUGGAAGGAAGCAUUUUGUGGAGAAGAGGUAUAGUGAAUUCCAUGCACUUCAUAAGAAGCUCAAGAAGUUCAUAAGAACACCAGAGAUCCCUUCAAAGCACGUGAGAAACUGGGUCCCCAAAGUCCUGGAGCAGCGACGACAAGGCUUGGAGUUGUACUUGCAGACAGUCAUUUUAGAAAAUGAAGAGCUCCCUAAGAUAUUUCUCGAUUUUCUGAACGUUCGUCAUGUACCUACCUUGCCAAAAGCAGAAAGCUGUGGCUCUUUUGAUGAAACAGAAUCUGAAGAAUCAAGCAAACUGUCCCACCAGCCUGUGCUGCUGUUCCUAAGGGAUCCAUAUGUCUUGCCUAAAGCCAACGAUGACUUUCCAAAUGUAGUUAUAGAUGGCAUUCUACAUGGAAUAUUUUAUCCUCACUUACUGCCCAGGUAGAAGUAAUACGAGGCAAGAAGAAGCUGAAGUCAUGGUUAAUAGAAUUAACAGGAAUAAAAUUCUGUGAUGUGAAAAUUAUGCUCAGAAGCAAGAGGCACAACCUGAGAUUAAGUUCAAGCAUUAUGACUUUUUAAAUAAAAUCACUGUCAUUACAGUUGCUGCUUUUAAAAAAGAUAUGGAAACAACAGUAUUGAAGUUAUUUAUACUUUCUAUAUAUUGACAUGCUCUGUUUAACACUAAAUGUUCCAAGUCAUACACUGAAUUAUGCUAACCUUUGAAGAGAAAAGUUUUACUAAUUAUGUCUAUAAUUUCUCUUAAAGCAAACACUAAACCAUUUUGCACCAGGAUUUUUCCCAGUACAUUACCCAUUGCUGGCUCUGGAUGGAUUAGAAGUGCUGAAGAGAGUGUGUGCAAAAUUGGAAACAUGCUUUCACAUUCUGGAAUACACAGCACUCUCUGAGGAAAUUUUCUAGAUUUCAGUUUAAAUUAUUUGACUUACCAGGAGCUUCUCUAUGGCUUUUGCACAUUUCCAUUCAGUUAUGACAUCUAACUUGUGUGUUUGUUUACUUUCCACACCAACUUGCUGACUGUAUUCCAUAUAUUAACAUUUUAUAAGUCACAGAACAUACAACUCUGUGGUAAACUAAAGCAAGAAUAUUAUUAAGAUUAUGAUCAAACUAAAACUGAUACAUAUAUAUGUAUGUUCAGAUUUAACUGGAAAUUUGUAUGUGUGCUGCUGGACAUUAUAAAAUAAAUUACUAGACAUGAAUGUA